GUGAAGUUGAAUUUUUCGAGUCGAGUAUUCGAGUCGUAACUCGUAACGGUGGAAGCGGCACGUGUACAUUUCUCUUUUAUUCUAUUUGAUAAAGAUUCAUACGGAUUUACUUAAUAAAUCAAUAUGUUUUGGGGAUUGAUAUUGGAACCGUACAAACGAUACACGCAGUGUGUAGAACAGGCAUUCCAUCUGUCGAUGGCAUGUUUGGAUGUAUCGCAAGCACACAGUGAAUCAAUACAGGUAAUGCUAAAAUACAACGACAGAAACUUUUUGCUUUGCACCUUAAAUAAGAACACUGUGUUCCAAACACCGCUUGAUGUACUUUUUGAAAAGGGAGAUAAUAUAACUUUUUACUGCAAUGGUCGAGGGUCUGUACAUAUGACUGGAUAUCUGUUACCAAAUGAUCUUCUAGAUUCAGAUUCUGAUUCUGAAAUCAAAGAAGAGCAAAAAGGAGAAGAAAUAGAAUUAAAUACAAAACCUGAAAAGAGUUUGAAGAGAAAGGCAGAAUCACCAAAAAUUAAAAAAAAAGCAAAGCUUAUUAAAAAAAAAUAUUUUGAAGGUAAUAAUUGGGAUGAUGAUGAUGAUGAUGAUGAUGAUGAUGAUGAUGAUGAUGAUGAUGAAGAAAAUAAUAGCUCUUUGGAAAAUGACUCAGACGACACAGAUAUCGAAGAUGAAGAAGACGAAAUAGAUAAUGAUGAUGAUGAUGAUGUUGAGGAGGAGGAGGAGGAGGAGGAGAAGGAGGAAGAGGAGGAAGAAGAAGAGGAGGAGGAGGAGGAGGAGGGGGAGCAAGAGCAAGAACAUAAACAUAAACAUGAAAAAAUUGCAAAGCCUCAAAAACAUGAGAAAAAGGAGAUAGAGAAUCAACAACAAAAUAAGCAAAAAAAGAAACAUGAUAAGCAAAACAAAAUAAAUGGGGAAGAAGUUAAACAAGAACAGCAAAGUAAGAAACAAAAGAAGAAAGCAGAGCAGCAAACGCAAAAGAACAAUCUAAUUGAAGCAAAAAAGAGAAUCAUUGAAGGUGGUGUACAAGUGGAAGAUAUAAAACUUGGUAAUGGUGCACUCGCAACAAGUGGCAAACUUAUUACAGUUUAUUAUGUGGGUCGCUGUAAAAUAGGAAAAGAAGAAAAGAAAGUUGAUUCGUAUACGCAAGGAAAUGGUUUCAAAUUCCGCCUUGGUAAAGGAGAAGUGAUCAAAGGGUGGGAUGUGGGAAUCUCUGGAAUGAAAGUUGGUGGGAAGCGCCGUCUUACGAUACCACCUAAUAUGGGAUAUGGAGCUAAAGGCUCUCUUCCCACAAUCCCUGCAAAUAGCACACUUGUAUUUGAGGUUGAACUUAAGAAUGUUAAUUAAAUAUUAACAAUGAAUCUAGAAUUUAUUAUACAUAAGAUAAGAACUCUAAUAUGUUCUUGUAUUUUUUCAAUUGAAAAAUAUAAUUUUAUCAUUGCAUGUCACAUAAUAUCAAUUUAUUUUUUUUUUAAAUUUGACAAAUAUCUCUUAAUGGAAAAAUGAAUAAGACACAAAGAGAGGAAAAAUGUAAUAAAAUUCAUACGAAUUGUAUAAUUUUUUUAAACAAGACAUUGUACCAGUUAAAUAAUGUGAAUUUCUUUUUUAUUGCAUAAGAUAGAUUUAUUAAAAUUCCUGAGAAUCUGUUUAAUAUAAAGCAUUAACACAAAGUGAUAAAAAAGUUCGUAAAUCAAAAACAUUUUUUUUAUUUUAUAAUAACAUUUUGAUAUACAUUCCUUAGAAUUUCUAUUUUCAAUAUGUUAGUAUAUUUUUUAAUGUAUCCUAAGUAAAUUAUAAGUUUUUUGCAUUGUAUAAUCUGUUGUAUGUCAGAAAUAACUAUAAUGUAUUAAAUAAAAACUUUUGAAAUAGCAAAAUAUUUUUUAUAUAAGCCAUAUAACUAGUUUUUAUAUAAUUUGUUCUAAAAUAUAUCAAAAUUGUAGGAUAAACAUUACAUUUAAUACAUUAAACCAAAAUGUCUUAAAUUUUUAAUAGAUACUAUAUAAUUUGCCAUGGAUUAGACAAUUUUGUUAUUGAUUCAAAGAAUUUGCAUGUUUGCAUAAAUGCUAUAUUGAAAGAAUAUAUAUAUAUAUUUAAUAGCUUCUUGGAAAAGUUUAGCAACCAAAUAUAAAUGUCAAGAUAGUCUAUAUCAAUUAAUUAUGUAUUUCAUAUAAACAAAUUUA